AUGGCCGAACCAUCUGGAUCACAAGGUGCCUUGAGGAGACGUCCAGGCGGUGCUGUAACUGCUAACAGAAACACUACCAACAGAGGUAGUAGCUCGGCAACUAUGCUGAAAUUCUACACUGAUGACUCUCCUGGACUUAAAGU